GGAAGUCUCUCUACGUGAAGAGAUUGCAUGAAACUCUGAAAAUGAAGUUUACUGGGAAAAACGUGCCUCUCAAAAUUAUUCGACUGAUUGACCCUCAGGUAGAUGAGAACCAGGUCCUGGGCUCCCUGCUGCCUUUCCUGGGCGCCGAGUAUCAGACGAGCCCCGUGAUAUUCCACCUGGACGUGACCUCCUCGGUGCAGGAUGGGGUCUGGGCGUUUCUCUUCAAGCUCCUGGUGCUACAGUACUUAAUGGACUCAAACGGGAAAAUGUGGCUUCGGAGCCCGAGCCACUUAUAUGUCAUCGAAAUCCUGGAAGGGCAAUCGGCGCUGCCUACGAGGUCUUCAAAGUUGAGGACACGUGUCCCCCCGUUCAGUCUUCUUGACAUCUUCCCAAAAGUCACCUGCAGGCCCCCCAAAGAAGUGAUCUACAUGGAGCUGAGCCCCGAGCAGCACCUCGAGGAGCCGGGCAUGGACCCCACAGAGUUCUGCAGCGAAACCUUCCAAAGACCUUUCCAGUAUCUGAAGCGGUUCUAUCAGAAACAGAACCUGGACACGUUCCAGUACCAGAAAGGCCGGGUGGAGGGCACCCCUCAGGAAUGCCUGCAGCACCUGCUCUUCUACUGCGGGGUGCUUGACCCCUCCUGGGCGGAGCUCCGCAACUUCGCCCUCUUCCUGAACUGCCAGCUCAGGGACUGCGAGGCCUCCACCUUCUGUGACCCUGCGGUGGUUGGGGACAUACUGAGGGGCUUCAAGAAUUUUGUGGUGACGUUCAUGAUUUUCAUGGCGAGAGACUUCGCCACCCCAACGCUGUGCAUGUCGGAUCAGAGCCCCGGGAAGCACGUGGUCACUAUGGAUGGGGUCACUGAGGAGGACAUAGCCCCGUUCUCUCUCCGCCGGCGGUGGGAGUCGGAGCCACACCCGUACCUGUUCUUCAACGGGGACCACACGUCCAUGACCUUCAUUGGCUUCCACCUGGAGCCCAAGCAGAAGGGCACUUUGGAUGCCAUCGACCACGUGAGUAAGAAAGUGAUCAAGAGGGAUGUCAUGAAUAAGGACCUGUACCAGGCACUGCUGCGGCAGGGAGUGCCCUUCAAUGUGGAUUUUGACGUGCUGCCCAGGCACGAGAAACUAGAGCGGCUCUGCCUGGCACUGGGGAUCCAGCAGCCCGUGGACCCUGACAACACAUACGAGCUCACGACGGACAACAUGCUGAAGAUCCUGGCCAUUGAGAUGCGCUUCCGGAGCGGAAUUCCCGUCAUCAUCAUGGGGGAGACCGGCUGCGGGAAGACCCGGCUCAUCCGCUUCCUCAGCGACCUGCAGCGCGGGGCCUCCAAGGCCAAGACCCUGCAGCUGGUCAAGGUCCACGGCGGGAUGAGCGCGGACAUGAUCUACAACAAAGUCAAGGUGGCAGAGGCCCUCGCCCAACACAACAAGAGCAAAUACGGGCUCGACACCAUCCUAUUCUUUGAUGAGGCCAACACCACGGGCGCCAUCAGCUGCAUCAAGGAGGUCCUGUGUGACCACAUGGUAGACGGGCGGCCGCUGGUGGAGGACUCGGGCCUCCACGUCAUCGCGGCCUGCAAUCCUUACCGGAAGCACUCCCCAGAGAUGAUUGCCCGCCUGGAGGCUGCUGGGCUGGGCUACCGGGUGCGUGCAGAGGAGACGGUAGAACGGCUGGGCUCCAUCCCGCUGCGGCAGCUGGUGUACCGUGUCCACGCACUGCCACCGAGCCUGGUGCCCCUAGUGUGGGACUUCGGACAGCUGAACAACACCACGGAAAGGAUGUACAUCCAGCAGAUCGUGCGGAGGCUGGUGGACACAACCACAAUUGGCCCAGACAAGACGUGCGUGAUCACCAACGUGCUUUACGCCUCCCAGUGCUUCAUGCGGAGAGGAGAGAAUGAGUGCAGCUUCGUUAGCCUCCGGGAUGUGGAGCGCUGCAUGAGAGUCUUCUGGUGGUUCUACGACCACAGCAAGAUGCUUCUGUCCAAGCUGGACACCUUUCACAGCAAGCCUGGUGAUAGCCCCGACAACUCCAAGAGAGACCCCGUGCUCUGGUCCCUGGUGCUGGCCGUUGGGGUGUGUUACCAUGCCUCCCUGGAGAAGCAGGACGAAUACCGCAGAGCCAUCUGUAAGCUCCUCCCGCCGCCCUACGAUAACAGCAAGACCAUACUGGAUGCGAUUGUGCGGACGCAAGACCUCUUCCUGGAGAACGUAUCUUUGAGGAAAACCAUCGCCAAGAACUUAGCCUUGAAGGAGAACUUCUUCAUGAUGGUCAUCUGCAUUGAGCUGAAGAUCCCACUCUUCCUGGUGGGGAAGCCUGGCAGCUCCAAAUCUCUCGCCAAGACCAUCAUGGCAGAAGCCAUGCAAGGCCCAGCUGCCCCCUCGGAGCUCUUCCAGAGCCUGAAGCAGGUCUACCUGGUGUCGUUCCAGUGCAGCCCGCACUCCACCCCUCAGGGCAUCAUGGGCACCUUCAAGCACUGCGCCCGCCUGCAGCAGGGCCGGGACCUGGAGCAGUAUGUCUCUGUCGUGGUGCUGGACGAAGUGGGCCUGGCCGAGGACUCGCCCCAGAUGCCACUCAAGGCCCUGCACCCACUGCUGGAAGACGGGUGCAUUGAAGAUGACCCCGCCCCCCACAAGAAGGUGGGCUUCAUCGGCAUCUCCAACUGGGCCCUGGACCCCGCCAAGAUGAACCGGGGCAUUUUCGUGUCCCGCGGCAGCCCCAGCCAGAGGGAGCUCAUAGAGAGCGCCCGAGGGAUCUGUGCAUCUGAGCCCCUUGUGCAAGAGAGAAUCCAAGGGUACUUCCAGCCCUUGGCCAGCGCCUACGAGGCGGUGUGCGCGAAGCAGGACAAGGAGUUCUUUGGGCUCAGAGACUACUACAGCCUCAUCAAAAUGGUCUUUGCCGCCGCAAAAGCUUCUAACAGGACGUUCUUCCCGCAAGAUAUUGCACAGGCCAUCCUUCGGAACUUCAGUGGCAAAGACGAGAUCCAGGCCCUGGACAUUUUCUCUGACCACUUGCCAGAGGUGAAGCUCACCGCAGAGGUCAGCACCUUGCAGCUGAUCCAGCAGAACCUGUUCGGUGACCUUCCAAGGGCGCCAGGCACGGGGCCAGAGGACUCGGAGUCCCGCUACCUGCUGGUGCUGACCAGGAACUACGUGGCCUUGAAGAUCCUGCAGCGGAUGCUCUUCGCUGAGGACCAGCAGCCCGAGAUCAUCUUCGGGUCCAGCUUCCCGCGGGACCAGGAGUACGCGCAGAUCUGCAGGAACAUCAACCGCGUGAAGAUCUGCAUGGAGACGGGCAAGAUGGUGGUGCUGCUCAACCUGCAGAACCUCUAUGAGAGCCUCUACGACGCCCUCAACCAGUACUACGUCUACCUCGGGGGCCAGAAGUACGUGGACCUGGGCCUGGGGACCCACCGGGUCAAGUGCCGGGUGCACCCCGACUUCCGCCUCAUCGUCAUCGAGGAGAAGGACGUCGUCUGCCAGCAAUUCCCCAUCCCCCUCAUCAACCGGCUGGAGAAGCACUACCUGGACCUCAACACUGUCCUGGAGAAGUGGCAGAAGGACCUUGUGGAGGAGCUCAAGGCCUGGGUGGACAAAUUCAUCGACUUCAAGGCAGUGCAGGAUUCCACCCGGCACACCCGGUACAGCCCUCCUGACGUCUUCAUCGGCUACCACGCAGACACCUGUGCCUCGGUGGUGCUCCAGGUCGUCGAGAGGGUUGGGCCUGGGGCCCCGAGCCACGAGUGUUACCAUAAGGUCCUAGAGGACGCCAAGCUGGUGCUGCUGGACUGUGCCACACCCGAUGCUGUGGUCCGGCUCAGCACCUCCCCCCUGGGCCAGUUUGCUGCACAGUCCCUGUCCCGAGAAUACUAUUAUGGGCAGCAGCACAACUCCUUUGCAGACUUCCUGCAGGCUCACCUCCGUGGGUCGAGUCCGAAGUGCCACACCUUCUUCACAGAGAUUACUACUUUCUCCAGACUGCUCACCAGUCACGACUGUGAGAUGUUGGAAUCGGAAGUGAACGACAGGGCUCUGAAACCCAUGAUCCUGUCACUGCAGCAAUUUGACACCAAGCACUCAUUCCUCAAAGAAGUUCGAAACUGUUUGACAAGCACAGCCACACGUAAGAUCCUCAUCAUCCAGACAGAUUUUGAGGACGGUGUUCACAGUGCCCAGCUCAUCGCCUCGGCUAAGUAUUCUGCUAUAAAUGAAAUCAACAAGAUACAAGGAAAUAAGGCCUGCAUCUUUGUCUAUUUCAUCACAAAACUGUCCCGGAUGGAAAGUGGAACGUCCUAUGUGGGAUUCCACGGAGGGCUGUGGCAGUCCGUGCACAUCGAUGACCUCCGGAGAUCCACGACCAUGGUCUCAGAUGUGAUGCAGCUGCAGGAAGUGACCAUCAGCCAGCUAUUUGACCCUGAGUCCGAGGUGGGAUGCGAGGCCAGACAUGGCCAAGAGGAGGCGAUGGGAGUGGAGACCAAUGAACCCGGGCCCACGGCUGCUGUGGACAUGGAGACAGUGGACAUGGAGAUGGACAGUCCAAAGGCCCGGAGAGGCCACACGCAGGCCCUGGACUGUGACAGCCUUCUGCGCAGCUGCAUCCAGAGCGCGGUGGGCCUCCUGCAGGACCCAAGCGAGCGCAGCCAGCGCAACGUGAGGCGCGUGGAGAUCCUGCUCGGCCUCCUCAGUGAGGACGCAGACAACGCGUGCAAAGCCUCCUUCUCACGGGUGGCCAAGGUGCGCAUCCAUGACUUGCUGCGGCAGCAGGAGGAGAGCUGUGUGUUCAGCAGGAAGGAGUGGGUUGUGCAGGAGGCCUCCAACCCUGACGCCCUGCAGGAGGCAGGCACCUUCAGGCACGCCCUCUGGAAGCGGAUCCAGGGCGUGGUGACCCCUCUCCUGGCCAGCAUGGUGUCCGUCAUCGACAGAGACAGCAACCUGGAACUGCUGGCCAAGCCUGACGCUCCGGCCUGGACACAAGAGCUUUGGAUGUUUAUUUUCAAUGAUGUUAACCUGCUGAACAUCCCUCUCAUGACGAAGGAUGCCAGGUCCAAGAGCGACAUGGCCCACAUCCUGGUGCAGAGCCACACACACGGCCUGGAGGAGGUCUGCGGCGCCGUCCCUUUCAGCUGGCGCAUCCGGGACUAUGUGGAGGAGCUGUGGCUGCAGGCACAGUACAUCUCCAAGGCCACAGGACCGGAACCGGUAGGGAAGCUGGUGGAGAUCUUCCCACAGACCCCGCUGGGCCGCUUCCUCGCCCGGCUGCGUGUAGAGGAGCGGCAGGAGCUGCUGCGGUCCUACCUGAGGGACUUCCUGCUCCUGACCAUGCAGGUGUCCACGUGGCCAGAACUGGAGUUCCUGCAGAUGGCUCUGUGGUCCUGCGUCCAACAACUGAGGGUGGGGAGCCCUGAGCAGGAGCUCUCCCUCCCGUGGGUGCACUGGGCCUACCAGCAUUUCAGGGUCCGGCUCCAGAACUUCUCCAGAAUCUUGACUAUCCACCCCCCAGUUCUAGACAGCCUGGCAGCAGCUGCCCGGAGCCAGGACUUGGCUGGACCUGAGAUGACCCUGGACGCCUGGGCAGCCAUGGCCUGCACAGAGCUGCUGACCAGGGAACUCCUGAAGCCUAGCCCCCAGGCGUGGCUGCGGGCGGUGAAGAGCCUGGCAGUGCCCCUGCAGCUGCUCUGCUCUGAGGGCUACGUGCAGGGCCCGGGGAGCAGGGCCAGCGGCCUCAUCGGAGAAGUCAGAGGCCAGUGGACUCGCAUCUUCUCUGUUGCCCUCUUCGUGGAGCACGUGCUCCUGGGGACCGAGGACCACUCGCCCGAGCUGCACACGCUGCUGACCGAUUAUGUCUUCUCUCUGGACAAGUGUCUGCAGGGGAACUCAGACAUCAAGACCCUCCGCCCGUUCUCGGCGGUGAUGGCCACUCUCCGUGAGUGUAAGGACCGGGCCAGCAAGACCUUCACCCGGUUCGGGGUCCAGUCAUGCCCCGUCUGCCUGGGUGACCCACGCAGCCCGGUCUGCCUGCCCUGCGACCACGUGUUCUGCCUGGACUGCAUCAGGCGGUGGCUCACCCCCGGGCAGAUGACCUGCCCCCUGUGCCUGACUGAGCUGCCCGACGGCUUCUCCCCCAAAGUUUCCCAGGAGACAAGGGUUGCCAUCGAGCAGCACGCCCGCUUCCGCCACUUGUGCACCAGCUUCUUCGUGGACCUGGUGUCUACCUUGUGCUUCAAAGACAACUGCCCCCCAAGCAGGGACGUGGUCCAGGAACUGUUGUCCCUGCUCUUCGUGGAGAAGACACUGCUCAGAGAUGCACCCCAGAGGCACUGUGAACACACCAAGUCCCUGUCCCCAUUUGACGACAUGGUGGACAAGACGCCCGUCAUCCGCUCGGUGGUCCUGAAACUGCUCCUGAAGUACAGCUUCCCUGAGGUGAAGGACUGCAUUCAGGACCACCUAUCCCAGCUGGAGCAGAAGCCAUUCCUGGCUGAGGACAAGACAGAGCUCUAUGUGCUCUUCAGCAGCUGCCUGGAGGAUUCGAUCCAUGAGAAGAACAGCGCGCUCCCUGCCCAGGGUGACUCCACUUACCUCCAGGAGGAUGGCCAGUUCCUUGGGGAGUGUCUGCCCAGGUGCAGUAGGGACCCUGGCCUGGAGGCCUCUAUUGAGUACCUCCAGGAGACAGCCCGGAUCCGCCUCUGCCUAGACCGGGCCUGCGAGGUCCUCUCCAAGCUGCUGGAAGGCUCAGAGCUGGCGGAGGAGCAGCGGCAGUUCCUGCGGCAGGUGGAGCGCUUCUGCACGCAGAGCGGGAAUGACUGGUACCGCGUGUACCUGGUGCGCAGGCUCGUGAGCCGCCAGGGCAUGGAGUUUGUGCAGAGCUUUCUGCAGCCAGACCACCCCGCCCAGUGGGUGUUCCCCCAGGAAGUCCAGGCGCAGCAGGAGGACCUUCUGGGCCAGAUGGACCGCUAUCUGGUGCAUGGGCAGGAGUACAAGGCCGUCCGUGAUGCAGUGGGCAAGGCCGUCCUGGAGUGCAAGCCCCGGGCCAUUGCGGCUGCCCUGGAGGCCUGCAGGGGCUCCCAGACUCACCAGGCCACAUACCUGCUGCUGGCGCUCUUCCGAGAGGUGACCACGCUGUACAGGUCCCAAAACACCCACCUGCAUCCCAAGCCGCAGGAACUCAAGGCCCUUGGCAAGUUCAUCAAAGAAAGCCAGACCCUGUCCCCAGACAUGAGAGAUUUUGCGACAGGCCUUGUGACCAACGAUCUGCCACUGCUGAGGACCGCGGGGCCCGGAGACGGCGGCCUGGCGGGCAUGGUGACUGAGCUGGCCGUUCACACUGCCGCCACCCUCCUCUGUGGGCAGCACAGGGUCUUGGAGCCCCUCAGGAACUUGGCCUUCUCUCCAGCCACCAUGGCGAGGGCAUUUCUCCCGACGAUGCCCCAGGACAUGCUGGCGCAGGCCAGGAGCUGGAAGGGUCUGGAACGCGUCCAGUGGUACAGGGACAUGGAGGAGGAGGAGAAGGAAAGUCUUGACCUCCCAGGGAACACAGGUGCCUCUGAGGGCUGCUCCAGGCUCCAACUGAACUUCUGCAUGGAGCUGAGGGUGUCCAGUCAGGCUCCAGCCUCGUGCGGCCGACCCAUGGAGCAGAGUUCCUGUAUCGACUGCGGUGCGCCUGUCGGAGGGCAGAAGCACAAGCCCAACGAAGGAUUCAUGCAAGUCCAGUAC